AAUUCCCAGUUGCCUGUUCGGGAGUUGGUGCGAUCCAAUAUGGCGUCUGGUUACGUGAAAAGGUCAACGGCUUUGGUUGGUUUGGCAGUUUCCAAAGCACCCAGGGAGGCUCUCACAAAGUUGUAUAAAGAGACAUUGGUGGUGUUGGGAAGCAUGCCAAAGAGUGCCCAGUACCGUAUACACACAGAGCAGAUCACUAAACAGAGACUAGAUAUUGUGGAACAGGAGAGUGACAUACCACAACUGGAAAACAAACUUGGAGCUGGACAAAUUGAAGAAGUUAUUCAACAGGCAGGAGAUGAGCUGUCUUUGGCCAAGAAGAUGCAAGAUUGGCAACCUUGGGAACCACUACAAAAUCCUCCACCUGCAGACCAGUGGAAGUGGCCAUGACAGUCUGGAUGAAAAAUUUG